UACCUGGUUACCUGUACCAUUUUGAGUCUUCGAUCACAGAGACCAGCAUCUAAAAGAAUCUGAGCUCACAUUUAGGGGACUUCAUUUCCUCAUCCACAUCAGGAGACAAUAAAAAUGAAGUUCUGUCUGGAAUUCUUGGUUAUUCUGUGCAGCUUAACUACAGUUGUUACGAGCUGUCCAACAUGUGUUUCGGAUGAGAUCUGCAACAAUAUAACCAAUAAUUGUGACUGUAAUCCUUCAACAUACUCUGAAACAGUGCAAAUCCCACCACCAGAAUUAACAUGCAACAAUAACAUGGUUUUGCGGAUACCAAGAUGUCAGAUGGAGCGCAAUGGAUAUGACUCUUCGAGUUUACACCUGAAUACGCCAUCCUGCAGACUUUCUUCAUACUAUGCUAAUGUCUCAUACUUGGGUAUUUUGUGGCACAUAGGGACAGGAGAGUGUGGUAACACUAAAGUGGAGAAUUCAACUCAUAUAACUUACUACAAUAAUCUGUACAUAACCCCAAAAACAUCUCCAUUCAUCACAAAAAAUAACGUCACUUUCACCUUUAGCUGCAGUAUUCCACUAAACUCAGGGACUGGACUUAAUUUUCCCGUCAAAGCAAUCACAGGGAAUGAUGUAAUUUCUGUCCCUGGUGUACCCGGGUCAAUCUCUAUAACCAUGGCCAUUUACACAGACCAGUCAUUCAGCAAUAUUGUCACCACCAGCACCACAUUGGUGGUAGAGCAAAAUAUUUAUGUCUCAGUGCUGAUGCAAACAGUGGACAACUACAACAUAAAAGUGGUGAAUUUGUAUACCUCUGCAUCAUCAAAUCGCUCCGCUGACCCAAAAUAUUAUCUGCUUCAGAACGGGUGUCCAAACCUUAGCCUGGGAGCCUUCCUAUUUACAACGAUAUGGAAUGGACAGUUUACCGAAGCACGAUUUCAGUUUAAAGCAUUCAAGAUUGCUAGCUCAGAUGUUUUUUACCUAUAUGCAGAUGUUACCACGUGUAAUUCUUCCUGUAUACAGAACUGCAAUAGCCGCUCAGCAGACAUCAAUGCUCAGACCUACAGUUCUACAGUCGGCGUGCGUCUUCAAUUUACUUCAAAUUCGGCUUCCAGCUGCUUUGGCUGUUUCUCCAGGAAGUGGGCUUUGAGUUCACUUCUUUUGCCCCUAAUACUUAUGAUGAUCAUGUGAAGUUUCCCAUCUCAUGGAGUUCCAGACUAUUAUGACAUUGUGAAGUUUGGUGUUGGUGAAUCUUAUGAAGGAGAUUAUUUCACUUCAGAGUCAGUUUGCUUGGUAUUAUGUUUGGAAUGCAUACUGCUACUGGUUAAUUAUUACAAUUAAGUUUAAUUAUGUUUUAUAUAUGACUAUACGUACUACUCUACUCUUAUCCAGGGCUACUAAUCAUAUAAGGUUCCAGGUUAGCGCCGUGAGUUUGACCUUAAUUGCCUAGUUGGGGGGUUAAAAAUUACGAGUGGGGAUUACAUUUGAGUUAUUGGCUCCUGAGGAAGCGUGCCGCCAGCACGUGAAACGCGUUGAGCUAUUGCAUUUUAAUUACCUCUGUACACUGUAAGUAGCCUGCAUUGAGCAGGGGAUUUUGUUAUUAAACGUUUUUACACUAUUUCCGUUUUGUUUUCAUACACAUUGAGGAUUGAGUUCCCAAUCAAUGCCUGUUUUGGGUUUCCUUUUGCCUCAUUCCAAUUAUGUCUGGUGAGCAUAUAUAUUAGAUUAUUUGAGUUAAUAUUACACCUGGCAUUAUAAUUCAUCACUAAGCACUUUUGGUGUUCGGCUUAUUCAGCAAUUUAACAGUUUGCACUAGAUUUUUGUUUUAUUUUUUAUGCGCUUCCAUCAACUUUAUCGUGCACCUACUAAUCAUAUAAGAUGUUCUUCUUAGAAAGCUUUUACAGAGCUGUGGGGCCCAGUAACAUCUAAUAACGCCAUUGACUGUAUUAAUAUUAUGGCCUUCUUUAUCAAUUUUUUGAGUUUGUGAAUUUAAUUUGUUUUUUUAAUUUGAAUAAACUCAGAUUUUAAAAAAA